GAUCUGAGCUGACCUCACAAUUCUGAGCUCAAAAAUUUCUUCCGAGUUUCACAGUUGUAGAAUAAAUCACACUUUUAUCAUGCAGGUCCAUUGCACCUGGACAUGCCCUUUGCGUUUCACAGUACUUUCUUUUUCUAAGCAUCUGGGUCAUAAUAUUCGAGGCUGCAGGAGAGAAAGUUGUAAUCUUUACCCAUCUCUUGUGGCCACCAUGUCCACUGUUUCAACGGAAAACGCCGCCGUCACAACUCAGAACGAGUCUACCCAGAAGACCCAUCACCCUGUACAGGUUGCAAAGCGAUUGGAGAAGUUCAAAACCACAAUUUUCACACAAAUGAGUAGUCUCGCCAUUAAGCAUGGGGCAAUAAACCUCGGCCAAGGCUUUCCCAAUUUUGAUGGUCCUGAGUUUGUAAAGGAAGCAGCAAUUCAAGCCAUUAAGGAUGGAAAAAAUCAAUAUGCUCGUGGAGUUGGAGUUCCAGAAUUAAACAAUGCCAUUUCCGAACGGUUCAAGAAGGAUACUGGACUUUUGGUGGACCCUGACAAGGAAGUUACUGUUACCUCUGGGUGCACAGAAGCAAUUGCUGCUACUAUCUUAGGAUUGAUAAAUCCUGGUGAUGAGGUGAUCCUCUUUGCUCCUUUUUAUGAUUCAUAUGAAGCCACUCUCUCCAUGGCUGGUGCCAAUGUCAAGUGCAUUACAUUGCGUCCUCCGGAUUUUGCUGUCCCCAUCAAUGAACUCAAGCACACUAUCUCAAAAAAUACACGUGCAAUUCUUAUAAAUACUCCACAUAACCCAACAGGAAAAAUGUUCACUCGGGAGGAACUCAAUGUGAUUGCAUCCCUCUGCAUUGAGAAUGAUGUGUUGGUUUUCACCGAUGAAGUUUAUGAUAAGUUGGCUUUUGAAAUGGAUCACAUUUCCAUGGCAUCUCUUCCUGGAAUGUACGAACGAACAGUUACAAUGAAUUCCUUGGGGAAGACAUUCUCUUUAACAGGGUGGAAGAUUGGAUGGGCAAUUGCUCCCCCACAUUUGACAUGGGGAGUGCGGCAGGCACACUCUUUUCUCACUUUUGCUACCUCCACUCCAAUGCAGUGGGCAACAUCAGUAGCCCUUAGAGCCCCAGACUCUUACUUUGUGGAGCUAAAGAGAGAUUACUUGGAAAAGAAGGCAAUUUUAGUGGAUGGAUUGAAGGCUGUCGGUUUCAAGGUAUUUCCAUCAAGUGGGACAUACUUUGUGGUUGUUGAUCACACACCUUUUGGGCUAGAAAAUGAUGUUGCAUUUUGUGAGUAUCUGAUCAAGGAAGUUGGGGUUGUAGCAAUUCCGACUAGUGUGUUUUACUUGAACCCUGAAGAUGGAAAGAAUCUAGUGCGAUUUACAUUUUGCAAGGAUGAGGGAACUCUGAAGGCUGCAGUUGAGAGGAUGAAGGAGAAGCUGGUGAGAAAAUGAUCCAAAUGCAUAAGUAGAUAAUCUGAUAAGCUGAACUUAAAAUAUUUCAUUGUUUAAGUUGUGUUGUAGCAUGAUGCACUUGAUGUUGAAGGGGCUUGAAUAUUUCAUUGGAUGGAAAUUUUAUUGUUGCAAUGUUAAGCGCUUGAGGUUGAAGGUUA